GUGACAUGAUACAAUAGUGAGUCACUGGGAAUACUUUUAGUCUUUUGCAAUAAACCAAAAAGGCAAAAUUAAUAUACGACCAAAAAGAAGCGAACAAUGCCGCCGCGACCGGUCUACAAUAUAAUCUAGAGCGAGAUCGGAGGCUCGUGUUGUACCCUUUGAACUUCUGAAUCAGGCCUCCAUUGAACUUCGAAGACGCGACUCGACGCUGUCAUUUCCAAGUAGUUCUUGUUAUCACAGUUCGCUCAGUUUGGAUUUAAUUCUUAUGAGGAGUUAUCGGGAGUUUCAAGGGUGACGUAUGUGGUGUCACUGGAAGCUGAUAACGACGACAACGAUAAUGUAGAAACACACAUCAGAAUAUCAUCACCACAGUCAGCACAAUGGACCAGGUAGAAGUGACGGAGCUGGACAAUUCUGUCCGCGUCCAAACCGAUGUGCCGCACCUUGUCAGUCUGGGGGGAGGCCGGUUGUCAGUGGGUGUCACGAUCCUGGCCAUCAAUGCAGGUCGCACAACGAUGGGGAGUGGGUCGGAGUACAAGAUGCCCGACAUCGUGUUAGAGGGCACCGGGGUGGAGGCUGACCACUGCUACAUUGAGAACUGUGACAGCGUCAUCACGCUCGUGCCCAUCGCCCAUCUCACCGCCAUUGAUGGAGUUAUCAUAGACAAGCCAACACGUCUCGCUCAAGGUUCCACCAUCUGCCUGGGUCGGUCUAACUAUUUUCGCUUCAAUCAUCCGCAGGAGGCUAAGAAAAUGAAGGACAACAUGCCAAACUGUCGCAUCUCCUGUGUCCCGCUCAAUUUCCUACAUGAGCUGGAACAGAAUCCUGACUAUAUAAAGAUGAUUGCGGAGGCGGAGACCACUUCGUCAUCGCGUUCCAGCGACAGUUCCGUGACUUCGGGAUUCGCGACGCGUGGUUCUGGCGACAGUUCGACAUCUGAGUCAUUUGUGUCAAGUCACGAGACGUACCGCGACAGUCUUGAGAACGAUGACUUCCUGCUGAAAGUGUCGAAAUUCGAGACGAUCGGCCGCACGAAACACUCACCCACCACUAAAAGCCCGACCAGUAAAGUCUUUUCCCAGGAUGCAGCGCUACUGGACGCCGUCACGAACGUCUCCAGUCACAUGGGCGAGAAAGUCUUUACACGCGACACGGCGACAACGCGGGUUUCCGCCAACGUGCUUCAGUCAAAGGAGAGAGUUGUCAGCUCCGGGAGCACGCGGAGUUCCGGUUCGCUCACUAGUGUGAGUACGCUCAGUGUGAGUUCCGACUCUUCGGUGAACUCUGCACGAACGACAACAUCAUCCACGUCACAACACGCUGGUUUCACAUCGCCCUCUGCUCAUAUACCGACGUCCCCGGGAUUAGUCAAUGGGGUGCUGGUAUCGGGACCAUUCACCAACCUAGACGCUGUGAUAACCAAUGGGGAACUGACCCCGACAGAUAGACACAAUAUCAGUGCUUCCAGUUCACAGAAUUCUAGUCAUCGGAACACUUUCGAGGGAAUUGACUUUGACGUCAGUGAGUUGACGGCGGCGCAGAGGGAACUAACGAUGAAACACAGAGAGGUCGUCGCCGAACGCAAACGCGACCAGGAGAUGGAGAAGCAGGAACGACAGCGAUUGGAGGAUAUUCUUAGAAUGUGUGCCGAGUACGAGAAACAGAUUGAACAGGAACAGGUGGGUGUGGGGGUCGUUGCUAAGAAACCGAAGACCCCCGAGAAAAAGACGCCAACUCCGCCUGUUUUCAAAGUGCCGGAAACGAAACCUGCGAACAGAGUAGGAGAAGUGAGAACUUUCGGUGUGAGGACGGCACAGCCCCCCGGUUUCCUCGACAUCUCUGCCGAGAACACCUCCCAGGAUCGCAACCGCAGCUCGGUGUCAAAAAUCAAAACGAACGGUUCGCUGAUGUCAUCGUCGCCAAGCAACCCACACAAAGACGGACUGUUCAGUUUUCAGAUGCGUAAGUGCGAGUCGAACUCUUCUACGUCGGAGGAGGAAGCUCAUGCCAGUUCCGAAGAGACGGGGACCAUCAAACGGAGACCAGACGCGAAGACGUCAUCAUCAUUAUCAUCGUCGUCAUCAUCGCCGACGUCGCAAACCCCCACCGAUGUCAUUGACGGACCAUCGAGUCUUCCCCCUGAUGCUCAGAACUCUAUAGAUCAGAUCAUGAACUCGUCGUUUGAGUCGAACCACAGCGUGGGAACGUUCACGGUGCAGCUCAACGCUCAGAUAUCUGUCAACGAUGACGAGUCAGCUGUGGACGAUUUCGCAAAGUUGGAAAAAGAUUCGCAUUCGUCGACGUCGUCCAGCCUCACUCUGAAAGACCCGUCUUCCGAUUCCCUGUCCAACCGAUCAGAGAGUGUGCACAGUAAAGAAGACACACCAACGCCAGUCAACAGUGAUACAGAAACUAGUCUACAGCUGGAGCAGACGGAAGCCGGUCUAUUUUCAGAUAAUAUGGAAACCAGUCGACAUCAAGAUGAUAUGGAAAAUGGUCGACAUCAAGAUCAUAUGGCAAAUGGUGGAAAUCAAGAUGAUAUCGAGACGGGUCGACUAGUGGAUCACCAUUUACAGCAUGUAGAUAGUACCGAUCGCCCGCAGAGUGGCGGUGUGAGGUCUGAGUCCUUCCAGAAUAAUGUAUUUCAGGUUGCUAUGGAUACCAAGAACAAUCAGGACGGCCCGUUGUCACCAAGUCAGCGUGCAUCUGCACGUAUUACAGAGGAGGCUGACAUUAGACAACAGUUGGAGAAGUUGAAGAAGGCCAAGUCUGAGUUGUUACAGCGGAUAUCUGACUUGAAACAUCAGAUCAUGGACAUCGAGACACAGGAGACCGAGGCAAUCAGGGAGCUGGAGAUGGAGCGCGCCCUAUUGGAGGGUGAGCACCAGACGGAGAUGGGGAAGUUGCACGUGGACCAGGACCGGAUCGACCACCUAAAACAGAGACAGGCCCACCUCACCGAGCAGGCCACCCGUGAGAGAGAACGGAUGAAAAGAAGGGAUCUGCGAGUGCUGGAAGAAGAACGACAGAAGCUACAUGACCUCGAGCACGCUCACUACCAGACCGAGCAGCACCUGGAGGCUCUGUGUCGCCAAGAUGAUGAGGACCCAGUCCUGGAGAAGUACCGUCUAGAACAGGACGUCCUCGACAACCAGCAGCAGAUCUGUGACGAUCUGGAGUUUCAACAGCUCGAGGUGGAGUCUCGGUAUGAGGUGGACAAGGAAGAACUGAGCAAGCGACUUGAGACAGAGGAGGAGAAUUUGUUCCACAAGUACAGAGCUCGUGAGGAUCGUCUUCAGGAGAUUGACCAGCAACAGAGGGAGAUGGUGAACGCCGUCAAGAGAGAUCUCGAAGCGAUGGAACAGGAUCGGCUCAAACUAGUGGACUACUUUCGUAAAGAGAAAGCUAAACUUGAGCCACUGGAUGAUGAAAUUCACAAGUUGUGUCAAGAGUUGUCUGUCCCUGUUGAUGAUGAGUACUUUGCGAAUGCGGAACUGAGCAGCUUUCUUUCCGAUGUUGAUGUGGAGGAGAUGCAGAUGUCGAGGCGAGAGAUCGUGGACAGUCCGAAGAAGAAGUUUCUCAAAGAGGACCACGGAGAGACGGACAGGAAGAGAUCGCUCACACUGCAAGACAUCGAGAGAAACCGGUCCAUUUUCCUAGAACAACAAGGAAGUAUCAUCAUUGGUCAGGAGCGCCGUCGUCUGGAGGAGUUGAAGCGCCGCGCGGCUGAUGAGGGUCGUGCUCAGUGGGAAGAGCGUCGCCGGGCUGCGGACGAGGGCCGCACGCCGUGGGACGAGCGCCGACUGCGCGAGAGUAACUGCAAGAGUUUCAACUCUCUCGAGUCUGAGGAUUCCAGCAUCGCCAGCAGUUGUGAGACGCCAUCGGAGAAAGAAAUCAGUCUCAGCAGUAAUGGUGAAGAUCAGCUGGAGAAACUGGCGGAGCUGGAGAGACUUCUGGCGCAGGCUCAGGCUGACAAGGUCCAUCUAGUCGAGGAGCGGGUGAAGUUCCAUGAGGCGGAGAUGGUGGCUCUACAGGAGGAGCGCAGCAAGCGCGCGGCUCUCGAAGAUAAACUGCAGCGUGAGACCCUGCUACGAGAGGAACUCGUGCAGCAGCGCGUCAACAUGAGAGAGAAGCAGAUGCAGCAGGCUCGGCCUCUGACGCGCUACCUUCCGAUACGCAACAAGGAGUUCAACCUGCAGCACCACAUCGAGUCUGCCGGGCACAGCCUGGAGGCUUGUCAGCACGUGAUCAUCAUGGCAACCAGCUGCCGCGGCUUCCUGCACAAGAUGGGGAACAAGUUCAAGACAUGGCACAAACGCUGGUUCGUGUUCGACCGGAUGAAGCGUUCACUGCUCUACUACAGCGACAAGACGGAGACGAAGGCGCGCGGUGGCAUCUACUUCCAGUCGAUCGAGGAGGUCUACGUCGACCACCUGCGAACUGUGAAGAGUCCCAACCCCAAACUGACCUUCUGUGUUAAGACGUACGACAGGACCUAUUUCCUCGUGGCGCCCACACCCGAAGCCAUGCGGAUAUGGAUAGACGUGAUUUUCACGGGGGCGGAGGGAUAUCAGCAAUUCUUGUGACGGCCUCCCGUAAUGAUGUCAAAAAUUACAGGACCUAUUUUCUUGUGGCGCCCAAUCCCGAAGCUAUGUGGAUAUGGAUAGACAUGAUUUUCACAGUGGCAGAGGGAUACCAGCAAUUCUUGUGAUCGCCUCCCGUAAUGAUGACAAAAUUACAGGACCUAUUUUCUUGUGGCGCCCAUGCCCGAAGCUAUGUGGAUAUGGAUAGACGUGAUUUUCACAGGGGGCGGAGGGAUACCAGCACUUCCCAUAAUGGUGUUAAAAUAUAGUUCUUAUGUCAUGGAUGCGGGGAGUUGAUGUUUGACAGAUGUGUGUUUCGUAAUGCGAUGUUGCCAGAAGCCAUGUAUGAACAUCCAGACAGACUAAGAUAUGUGUUAUAAGGCCACCUGGGGCUGUAUAUAAAGUGGCCUCUAAAGUCAGGUGGCUGCUUAAUGCAGGUCUGUUUGUAUUAGAUGGGAAAGUAAGAUGACCUCUUUAGAGAAGUGGCUGUACAAUUAUUAAUACAUGUCACCAGAGCGGCCUCUCAAGUCAGGUGGCUGAUUAAUACAGGUCAGCUUGAAUUAGAUGGCUUUAAAAAAGUAAGGUGGAAAAGUAAGAUUACAUCUUUAGAGAGGUGGCCGUAUAAUGCAGGUCGUCACUGUGUAUUGUCAAUACAGGGCAGUCGUAUAUGAAGUCCAUUUACAAAGGUGGCUUAUUAACAGAGGUCAUGUCUUAAGCUUUGAGCAGUAUAGCAAGCUGGCCUUUAAACAGAUGGCUGUUUAAGACAGGAUUGUAAUAUAUUAUUAUGAUUUGAAACAACAGUGAGAUGUCCUCUUAAGGCAGGUGGCUGCUGAACACAGGUUAUGCUUUGAACAAUAUAUAUAGUAAGCUGACCCCUUGACAGGUGGCUCUUUAAUACAGGAUUGUACUGUAUAUUGUAUGAUUUGCAACCACUGUAUGAUGUCCCCUUAAGACAGGUGGCUGCUUAAAGCAGGUUGCUACCUAAUACAAGAGAAUCAGAGUUUGAAAAUUAGCAAGGUGAUUUAUUUCAACAGGUGGCUGUUUAAUGCAGGUCCCAUACUACAUGUAAGUUGUGGAAAAAACUUGGAUGACCUAUUAAGACAGGUGGCUGUUAAAUAGAGGUCAUUUGCUAUUGUGAUGUGGAGACUAGUAAAGUAACAUCUUACUGCGAGGAGCUGCUAUACAGAGGUGCUGACAUAUGUAGGUCUGAGUAAACCUUGGCAUAUAAAACAUUAAAACAUUAUUACACGAGCGACGUAAGUUUGAAGAAUGUCACUCAAAUUUCUACGCUGUCUGUACUGAGUGGUUCUGUUUUGAAUUAUCAUGUUCUGUUCUGAAUUGUCAUGUUCUGAAUUGUCAUGUUCUGAAUUAUCCUGUUCUGAAUUGUCAGGUUCUGAAUUAUCAUGUUCUGUUCUGAAUUGUCAUGUUCUGAAUUAUCCUGUUCUGAAUUGUCAGGUUCUGAAUUAUCCUGUUCUGAAUUAUCAUCAUGUAUCCUAUCAAAUUACCUCAGUCUAAUUCUGAUCUGCUGAAUGGUUUACCGUAAAUAAUCGCAUUACAGUCUGUGUCUUUAAUAUUAAAAUACGACAUCAGCAAUUGUCUGUAUACAGAUGUGUGUAUAUUUACGCUGAAAUCGCUCUAUUACUAUAACUGGGGCCAUAGUGCAGAAUGAUUAAAUAAGCUCUUUACUUAGUUGUUAUUUUAAUAUUAAAACAUGACAUCAGCAGAUGUGUGUAUAUACAUGUAUUUACGCUAAAAUUGUUCUAUUACUUCCAUAGGGGGUGAUAACUGGGGCCAUGAUACAGAAUAAUCACUUUACAUAGUUGUAAUUUUAAUAUUAAAACAUGGCAUCGAUAGAUGUGUGUAUAUUUACUCUGAAAUCGCUCUAUUACUUCCAUAGGGGGCUAUAACUGGGGCCAUGGUGUAGAAUGAUUAACUAAUCACUUUACAUAGUUGUCAUUUUAAUAUUAAAACAUGACAUCAGGAGAUGUGUGUAUAUUUACUCUGAAAUCGCUCUAUUACUUCCAUAGGGGGCUAUAACUGGGGCCAUGGUGUAGAAUGAUUAACUAAUCACUUUACAUAGUUAUCAUUUUAAUAUUAAAACAUGACAUCAGCAGAUGUGUGUAUAUUUACUCAGAAAUCGCUUUAUUACUUCCAUAGGGGGCUAUAUCUGGGGCCAUGGUGUAGAAUGAUUAACUAAUCACUUUACAUAGUUGUCAUUUUAAUAUUAAAACAUGACAUCAGCAGAUGUGUGUAUAUUUACUCAGAAAUCGCUCUAUUACUUCCAUAGCGGGCUAUAACUGGGGCCAUGGUGCAGAAUGGUAAAAUGAUCACUUUACAAUAUAGUCUGUGUCAAUAAUAUGAAAACCUGACAUAGCGUACGUACGUGUGUUUAUUUACUCUGAAGUGGCUGUAUUACUUCACAAUGUGGCUAUAACUGGGGCCAUGGUGCAGAAUGGUAAAAUGAUCACUUUACAAUAUAGUCUGUGUCAAUAAUAUGAAAACCUGACAUAGCGUACGUACGUGUGUUUAUUUACUCUGAAGUGGCUGUAUUACUUCACAAUGUGGCUUUAACUGGGGCCAUGAUAGUUUUAAUUAUUUUGUAUCUGUCGUACAACACAAGUGAAGUCAAUUAGCAACUUAUAGGGUUUUUUAUGGUUUUGUUUUUAAAACAUUUGUAUUCCCAGAUCCUCUGUUUUACAGCCAUAUCUCCACACACUCCCACAAGAGUGGAAGAGAUUGUGGAUAUUAAAGGGACGGACCCUGGUUUUUUAAACACUAAGGCAUAUUUUUCACCUGGAUCCUUGUUUGAACUCGUAAAAAUGGACACUAAAUUUGGUUAAUUUAGAAACCUGUAACAAAUUUG